AAUUUAGCUUUAGCCCAGUGUCCAGCCUCUCCAAUAAAACUGUCGAGUUAGGGCUUUAUUUGGUGUAAUAUUAACUUAACUUCAUCUUUAUAAUAACUUCGGUUUAAGGUGGCUGGUAGCUUACAGUUCUAUUUGCAGUCCCAAGUUCCGAAAUAUAUUUAUGCCACCGUUAGCUAGCUCAACAUUAGCAGUUGUUUGAAAACUAUCUGUAUUCAUCCAGAGAAAAUGUCAACGGAGCAGAGGACGAGCUGGAUACUGACAGGAGCUACGGUCGCCUGUGUCACAGCUCUCUAUGUGCCCUGUGUGCAGAGGACUGUCCCCGGUGGAGACUCAGGAGAGCUGAUCACCAGUGCUUGUGAGCUGGGGGUGGCCCACCCUCCAGGAUACCCUGUCUUUACCCUACUAGCUCGCCUGGCCAUGUGUCUCCUGCCCUCCCUCUCUCCCGCCCACAGUGUGAACCUGAUGAGCGGCCUGCUGGGGGCCGCAGCCUGUGGGGCCCUCUGCAUUACUGUCUGCAGGUUAGCGGGCCCCGGCCCCGGAGCAGUGCUCGCUGGGGGGCUCUUCGCUGUGUCCCGGCUGAGCUGGCAGUGGUCCAUGGUGGCAGAGGUCUUCACCCUCAACAACUUCUUUGUUGGUGUGCUCUUCUUCUUGACCGCCAGCCUCCAGUGUGCAGAAAAUGCCACCCAGAGAGCAAAGAUUGCACACUGGGGCGCACUAUGCUGUGGCCUGGGACUCUGUAACCAGCACACCCUGGUGCUGUAUGUACUGCUCAUCAUUCCCUGGGUCAUUCAUCGCCUUCACUCUCUUGGGGAGCUUUCUUUACGUGGCCUUGUGUCUCUGGGAGUGUGUUUCCUGGCAGGCCUCCUGCCGUACAUCUACCUGCCCGUCUCCUCCUACAUCAACACCGCCCGCUGGAGCUGGGGGGAUCAGACCACCCUGUCAGGCCUGCUGACCCACCUGCUGAGGGCUGAAUAUGGCACCUUCAGUCUGGCAAAGACAGAGAGUUCUGUGAGCCUGACCUCAAUGCUUAAGGCCCAGUUGGACCACUGCUUGAAAGACCUUUCACUUCCUGUUCUGGCGCUAGCUGGAAUAGGCCUUCUCCUCUCCUCAUGGGACAGGACGUGUCGCUCUGUGUCCUGGCUGUUCACUGCCAUGAUGGUUGUCUACUCACUGUUUUUUGCCUGGAGAGCAAACCUGGACAUCAGCAGACCCCUCCUGCUUGGAGUGGUUGAGCGUUUCUGGCUUCAGAGCGACGCUGCAGUGUGUGUGCUGGCAGGCCUCGGCUUGAGCAGGACACACACCGAGCUGGAGAGGAGGCUGGGCCGGGGGGGGUUGUGGAAGACCACAGGCUGGGUCUUCACCAUGGCUCUGCUGGCACAUAUGGUGCACACCAAUCACAAGGAGUGCGAUCAGAGCAGAAACAGCGUGGUGGAGAGGUUCGGCAGGGAGCUUCUGGCCUCCAUCCCAAACAACGCAAUCAUCCUGACCAGAGGGGAUCUGCCCGGAAACUCCCUGCGCUACUUACACUACUGCCAAGGCGUGCGGCCCGACGCACGUCUGGUCGACCAGGAGAUGAUGACGUACUCUUGGUAUGUGGCCAAGCUGGCGCAGCACCACCCUGGGGUGAACUUUCCUGGUCGCUGGUGGGACCCGCUCCACCCUGUGGGGAAAGACACCUUCAGUCUGGAAGAGUUUCUGUCCUACAACAUACAUAGGCAUGUGGUUGCCUGCAUUGGGCUGCCUGAUGGAGACCACAGCUGGGAGCAUAGCUUCUCUCGUUGGCCCCUGGGUGUGUGUGACUACCUGGUGCCGGUUCAGAGGCACUUCCACCCUGAAAGGUGGGCCAACAGCACGCGCAACAUCUACAACUGGAGUGAACCACACAACAGUUUCCAUCCUGCGUCCUGGGAGCAUGUCGCUAAUGAAGAGAUGUGGCAAGCCAGGAUGAAGACGGCUUUCUUUCUGUUUGACCUGGCAGAAGGGAUGCAGGGAGAGGGGAAAGCUCGCCUCUAUGAGCUGUCUUACACUCUGUAUAAGGCGAUUGUGGAGGCCCACUCAGACUACCCUCCAAACUGGGACAAGAACUUGGCACUGGCCUGCGAGAGACUGCUCCGCUCAGGUCACCAGGGAUACAGUCCAGACAGCCUGCUGACCUUAGGCGCCCAGCACUUUAGUCUCUACUUAGAGAAGGAACCCACAGAUCCCCAGACCUCAGCCAUACGCUCGGCCAUUACUAGUUUACUUAAAGAAAGAGACGAGCUUCGCCAGAGCCGCAGGCAAACUCCAUAACGAGAUCCAGAGACCUACACGGAGCUGGAACAAUGAGAGUGUGCCGCGAGCCCAGCCGAAGUGCAAGGUACUGGGGACGGAGUCUGAGCCAUUGUGCCUCUUCUCCUGGUUUGAAGAUGGUGCUGUGGAAGGAUAAAAUGUUGGCUUAAAAGACUGGGCCCUAUUGGAGUUGCGAGUCAGAAGUUGCUUACGCAGGACUAUUGGACGUAGUUAUCAAGCAGCACAAUGGACGGAGAACUACAACUCGGCAAUGCUUCAUUUGAAGAACGUUUGCAUUUGAGCCUGCUUUCAAGAAGCCUUAACUGACCCCAAUCAAACUGUGCGUGCUCCCCUUAAAAUCACCCGUUCGAUUGCUUUAUCGUUACAUCUCUCACAGCUUUUUAACGUGCUGAUUAUAUUGCCUCAGCUCUACUUCUCUUUUUCUCACAUUAGGAUGGUAAGGCUGAGAUUGAGGGAAAACCAAUUUGGGGGCAGAAAUGGGGGAUUAGAGUGGCUGUUUAAUCUAGGACAGACUUGUGCUGUGCCACACAGUCCCCACUUCGCAUGACUGGCACUACCCACCCACCCAACCCUCUAUCCGCCCAUCAGUCUAUCUUAGAUGGUCUUUUAAAUGUUCAAAACUAAUGGAUUCGAUGAGUGCUUUUUCCCCUCUCUUCCUUCCUAACAGGAGGGAUGUAAUCCCUCAUGGAUUUAAAUGAAAUGUAAAAUGUCACGAUGCCAGGGACCCUUUUAGAGGUGCGUUUCUGUGUGCAUGCUUGUUUGCAUGUCGUCGUGUGUGUGAACAUGCUUAAAUCUCCACCCAAGCCUUUCCCCUGCCGGGUCAAUAAACAGAUCGGCACAUUCAAAAGGAAAGUACUUUGAUCAUCCUGCAAGCACAAAGUCAUGCAAACUCCAGGGACACACAAAAACACGCAUGACCAUCAGCCCCACAGUGUACCAGAACAUUAGCCCUGUGAGGGUUGCUUGAGAGACAUCGUAGCGUUCAACAGCAAGAGGACCAGAAACUCAGCUACACACUGUUUCCCUAAAUGCUGUUGCCAAGGUUAAUGAACAUUGUUUCACAGCAGUCAAACCUUUUCUAUAAGGUUAAUAAACACUACUGGAUGAGCCUGCUCUUUGAGACACCACUAGAAAGCGAAGGACAGUAGAGCAUGUGUGGUUUUCUCAGAAAGUCUGAACAGGCCUGGUUAGCCGCUGUCAGCUGGUCGGAUGAUGAGAUUCGACCUGCUGUAGCACAGAUGGUUUGGUUACCCAUAAAAAGGGAAAAUUGUCCCUCUGCUUUCUAAAUAUUCAAGUAUUUUAAUAAAGAUUCCGAUUUUUAUACAUUUUGGAGCAUUUUUCCCACGUUAGAACUUUUAAUGUUGAUAAUAUAUCCUCAAACA